CCGUCCUCCGCCCAACAUCGACAUUGUUAACAUGUCGAUGUACAGUCCACUGCAGAUACUUGGAAUUGGGUUGGCGACGUGGUUGCUCUACCAAUGGUAUCUCUUCCAUGCCACUAGACGAAAGGUCCAGCACAUCCCUACCGUCGGAGGUGACGGUUUCAUCAGUUCGUAUAUCUCUGGCUGGAAGUUUUUGGUUUAUGGCCACCAUAUGGUCGAAGAGGGAUAUAAGAAGUACCCGGGAAGAGCGUUCAAAAUACCUACUGUUACCACCCCCAACCGAUGGAUGAUUGUGCUGAGCGGCCCAGAAAUGGUCGGGGACAUCAAAAAGGCGACUCCAGACCAGCUCAGCUUCCCCGAUGCAGCUUUCGAGCUCCUCCACAGCGACCACACCUUCGGGACUAAGAAUUGUCGCCUCCACCCGUACCACAUCGAGACCGUCCGAGGGCCUCUCACGAGAGCCUUUCCCUCACGCUUUGGAGAACUCAAGGAAGAGAUGGUUCACUCAUUUUCGCAGUUCAUGCCUGCAACCACUGAUUGGACACCCUACACGAUUAUGAACACGCUUACGCCAAUUAUCAGCCGAACAAGUAACCGACUGUUCGUCGGUCUUCCUCUGUGCCGUAACUCGGAGUAUUGCAGCUUAUUGGAGAACCUUACAAUUCAUACAUUCGUGGUUGCGAAUAUUCUGAAUCUUCUACCCGAAUCAUUCAGACCUAUUAUUGGACGACUUGUUAGCAGGUUCCCAGGCGAUCUGCGAAGGCUGAGAAAGCAUGUUGACCCUCUUUUCAUUGAAAGGAAAGAGCUCGAUGCGAUGCAUGGUAGUCGGAAGUGGGAAGGGAGGCCUAGUGAUAUCAUCUCGUGGCUGUUGGACACGGUUCCCGAGGAAUUGGACAAUCUUAAUGAUCUGGCGCUUCGACUGGUUGCCGUCAAUAUCGCUGCUAUUCACACUACGACUAUCACCUUGAGCAAUACUCUCUUCGAACUCGCAUCUCGACACGAGUACAUCGCACCACUAAGAGAGGAAAUCGACCAAGUUCUCAAGGAAUACGGAUGGACAAAGGAAGGGAUGGGUAAGAUGCGCAAGCUGGACAGUUUCAUCAAGGAGGUUAGCCGCCUCCACACACUUUCUGCGGUAUCGAUACAGAGGAAGUCCAGGGUGGACUACAAGCUCUCCGACGGUACCGUGAUCCCUGCGGGAUUCAGAGUAGCGGCUGCAUCUUCACCGAGUCACUGUAAUCCCAACGAAUACGAAGACCCAAUGUCCUUCAACGGUUUCCGAUUCUCAGAGAUUCGAGAGGAUGCCAAAGAAAACCAGCAUCACCGCAACCAAUUGGUCUCGCUCGACGCCAACUUCCUUUUCUUUGGUCAUGGACGGUCUGCGUGCCCUGGGAGGUUCUUUGCAGCGAGUGAAAUGAAGGCGAUCAUGUCCCACAUCUUGAUGAACUAUGAUAUCAAGUUGGAGAAUGACAGCACCACCCCUCCCUCACAUUUCUGGUACGCAACGCUCAAGUCACCAAGCCCGACUGGCCGAGUCUUGUUCAGGAAACGAAGUGAUGUAGAAUAG